AUGGAUGACACCCAACAUCACUUUACCAACGGCAAUAGUGCUCCAUCGAUUGACCCGAGCACGCAGACUUUUUCGCUCAAUGAGCCUCUUAAUCUCGAUGGGCUCCUCGCGUUCGAGUAUGAUGAUUCGGGUCAGCUUCAACGCUUUUCGGAUGUCUCGGUGGCUCCAUACGACAAAUCUGACCAGAAACCGCCAUCCUGGUGUACAUGGACUCGCGAAGGUGUCUCUCUGUCCGUGGUGACAGAGAAUCCUAUCGUGGGGCUAGACUCUAAUCUCCUAGCAGUCCUGCAAAAGGAGCGGCCUCAUGCCCAGCACAACGUCAACCUUGUCAUCCAGUCGUUGAGAUCAUUCCCCACGAUGAUGCUACGAAGGGACACUUUUCCUUGGUUUAUCCAUCCGCAUUCGCAACUCCUCUCGAGGCCACCAAGAGCUUCUCUACCUGAAGCAUUGACAACCUGCAUGAGCAUUGCGCAAAUGUUUGCUUCACGAACAUCUGAAACAAAGUCUUAUCUCUGGUGUACCAUCAAAGCCGAGUAUCGUCAUUUUGUCGAUGAGAAACACCACAUGCCCAUAUUCGAACUCCUUGCCGCAACGCAAGCUUGCAUGGUUUACCUGAUUAUGUGUAUCGUUGACCAAUCUCCUGAGAGCGAAGAGACUAGUUUAGACCUUCUCAUGGCAUUACAUACCCUUUACGUCUCAUUUAAAGAAGCAUCCGCAGGAGCCAUACUUAAAGAUGAGCUUUCUAGCCCGAGUUCGAACUGGGAAGAUUGGAUCUUUGCCGAAUCUCAACGAAGGCUUGCGCAUCUAUGGCUCCUCAUUGGCUGCGUCAUAUGUAUCAAGACCGGAAUCCCCUGCGAUCCAUUGCAAAGUUAUAGAUCUCUCCCGCUCCCUGGCCUGAAAAAUCUCUGGGAGGCGCCCACGCAGUCUGCUUGGGAGUUCGAAUACGAAGCUAGCCACAUUCUUCAUACAAGCGGAUUAGUAACCCUGGGCGAUCUGGUCGAUGCACAGAAGUCCGGCUACUCGCCGUCCAAUGCACAGAAAUUGGAUAAGUGGAAUGCAGGAGUCGAUAAUCUGGGCGCUUUAUUGAACCUAAUUGGCACUAUGGUAUGA